UCUCUUCGCUGUGUCUCUCCCGUUGUGUGUGUGCGUUCGCCUGUCUCGUGUCUCUUGGUUAGUGUUACCCCCCCCCCCUCCACCACCGGAUUCGGAAUCAAUAGCUUGCUGUGCUCGGGGUGGAACAGAACUCGGGGAGAGAAUCUGUCAGUACUUCUAUGUGCCCAUUUUGGAGUAACAUAUAGAUAACAGCAUGGGACAGCAACAUUCUGGAUUUGUUGUCGAAAUUGCCAGUCCACGUUUGGGACGAUUUCAGGCAGUCCCACAAAAAGACCCAGACGAAGAGAAUGAACCGUCAUGGCGAAUUACUGUCAAUCCAUCAGCCGAACUCUUUGGAUCACAACGACUUCGACAACUCAUCGAUAGACUCUAUCAUCAGCAGAAAUUGUUGAGUGCAACUGACGCGAAACAGGUUCUGAAUGCACUACAAGCUAUCGAUCCUACGUCCGAUCUACUGCUACCACUACUUACAGUACUCUCAAAUGCUACGGCAUAUCCAGCAAAUCAGAUACUUAUGCGCGAAUUGCGAAUUACGGAACGAGUGACCGAAAUGGUUUGUUCUCCACGGCAUGGAUGGUCGAGAUCGUGCCGGGUGAUGUUGUUACAGUGUCUGGCCAAUAUGGCCGUUUGUAAGGAAAAUCAUCCGAUUGUACGCGAUGCCAUUCCACAUGCAGUACAACGGCUCACAUCAAACGAUGAAAUGGAAGUGGUUGUGGCUUUACAAGCGCUGACGAAUUUGUCAUUGAAUAUCACCACAGAACAGAUUCCACAAUUUGUGCCCGCCAUUCCCCACUGCCUAUCACGGCUAUGGACACGCGGAGAACCCAAUAUCAAUGCUUUGCGGCUACUUGUUAAUCUUAGCUGCUGUCCCGAUAUGGUCCCGUACCUGCUUGGAGCAAAGGGGGUGAGCGGUCUUCUUCGAUUGCUGGAUACGGAUCGAGAAGAAGUACUGCUCCGAGCAAUUACUUGGUUGCUUUGUACAUCGUCGGCUGUAGAUGCACUACAUUUGACUUACGAUCGGAUAGCUUGCCAUAAUCAGGACCCAUUCCGAAAUCCUGCGCAUACCCUGUACUAUUCUAUAUAUGGUCCAAAAAGUCGUGAAGAACUGGAACAACGUGCCAAUGAGUUGACACAUCACGCAAAUCCAGAUGUGGUGAACAAAGCUAUGCGAUUAUUGGAGAUAUUGAAGAAUGUCCCUCCUUUCCCAACGCUUGGAUCGCAGCUUAAUCGAUUAUGACCUUCAUAGAUCAUACGUAUUCAAAAAGAUUCAGAUUGUACCUAGAUUGUAAUGACAAAAUGUGAACUUUCACUUGUGCUAC